ACGGUGGUGGCGGCGGCGGCGGCGGUGGCAUAGGGUUUGGUUGCGCGUGGCGCACGGGGUGGGAGCGGAGCCCAGGCCGGGAGCAGGCGCCGCCGGUGCCAGCGACCAUGGGGAACGUGUUGGCCGCCAGUUCGCCGCCCGCUGGGCCGCCGCCGCCGCCUGCGCCCGGUCUCGUGGGACUACCGCCACCUCCGCCCGCGCCGCCGGGCUUCACACUGCCGCCGCUCGGGGGAGGCCUGGGAGCCGGGGCCGGUGCAGGCCGAGGUUCGGAACGGAACCCCGGGGCCGCCGCUGCCGCAGGCGCCGCAGGGGCCGCAGACGAUGGGGCCUGCGGUUGCCUGCCAAACCCGGGCACGUUCGAGGAGUGCCACCGGAAGUGCAAGGAACUGUUUCCCAUUCAGAUGGAGGGUGUUAAACUCACAGUCAACAAAGGGUUGAGUAACCACUUCCAGGUGAACCACACAGUAGCCCUCAGCACAGUCGGGGAAUCUAACUACCACUUCGGGGUUACGUACGUGGGAACAAAGCAGCUGAGUCCCACAGAGGCGUUCCCGGUGCUGGUGGGCGACAUGGACAACAGCGGCAGCCUCAAUGCUCAGGUCAUUCACCAGCUGGGCCCCGGCCUCAGGUCCAAGAUGGCCAUCCAGACCCAGCAGUCGAAGUUCGUGAACUGGCAGGUGGACGGGGAGUACCGGGGUUCUGACUUUACUGCGGCCGUCACGCUGGGGAACCCAGACGUCCUGGUAGGCUCAGGAAUCCUCGUGGCCCACUACCUCCAGAGCAUCACGCCGUGUUUGGCGCUGGGCGGAGAGCUGGUCUACCACCGGCGGCCAGGGGAGGAGGGCACUGUCAUGUCUCUAGCUGGGAAAUACACGUUGAACAACUGGUUAGCGACAGUAACACUGGGCCAGGCUGGCAUGCACGCGACGUACUACCACAAAGCCAGUGAGCAGUUGCAAGUGGGUGUGGAGUUUGAGGCCAGCACAAGGAUGCAGGACACGAGUGUCUCCUUCGGGUACCAGCUGGACCUGCCCAAGGCCAACCUCCUCUUCAAAGGCUCCGUGGACAGCAACUGGAUUGUGGGUGCCACAUUGGAGAAGAAGCUCCCGCCACUGCCCCUGACCCUGGCUCUUGGGGCCUUCCUGAACCACCGCAAAAACAAGUUCCAGUGUGGCUUUGGCCUCACCAUCGGCUGAGCCCCACCUGGGCCCACCUUCCAGCCCUUCCUCCUUCAGACCCCACCUCCCCUCCCCCAGCCAUGGAGGGGAGACUCGAGCCCUGCCUCUUCCUCCCUUCCCUGCCUCCUUGGGGGCCAAGGGGCAGCAGAAAGGAGGGGACCCAUAACCCCAGCAGCUGAGGAGGGAAUUGUCGAACCAAGGGGCGCUUCAGGACUCUGAGCACGAGGGCCGCCCAGUGGGCCUUGGGGUCCUGGAAGGGAUUCUGGAAUCAAGGGGCACUCGGGAUUCUGAGUACCAGGGGCAGAGGUGGCCGGACCAGACGACCUCAGGGAGGAGGUUGGGGUGUCCCCAUUCCCCAGAGGGCCCAGGGCUCGGCCCCCCUCAUGGGGCAGCAAGAGGAGGAGCUUCCCCAUCCCCCCGGUCAGCCUGCCCAUCCCUUUUCCCACCCACCCCUCGGUAUAAAUCAUGUUUAUAAGUUAUGGAAGAACCGGGACAUUUUACAGAAAAAAAAAGAAAAAACAACAAAAAAUACACAUGG